CCAGUACUCGUUAUUGUCCCUACAUGGUCCAAUGGACAACAAACUUUGAAGUUGCAGCUAUAGCAUACUGCAAAGAAUGAAGAUUUGUUCGAGUCCGUGGAGAAAGAUCUUAUACAGAGCUCAAUGGAUAUAUACAUGUGCAGUUUAUCAGUAUGUUUCCAAUAAAUUCAUCAUAAGAUCUUUAAUAGACAUCAAUUCGUUCACCGGCGGGUCAGAGACCGUAUGAUGCCAAGAUCUCCUUAGAGUACUGUUAUAUACAUACAUGGAGUGCCCCGGCCCUGCUUAGCUUGAAUGUAGGGAGCCAGAGCCUUUUGUGCCUCCGGAUACUCUCUACAUGACAGAAGCAUGGCAACACGGCGUCUCUUCGCUCGUCAUCAUCCAGUGUUGAAGUAUGGAUGGAGAUAUAGUCCGCCGCGGAGUCCCAAGAUUUUAGGGCUGGGGAGUAGGGUUGCUGACAUAACCGCAUCUGCUCCGAUCGCGGAGUUUUAUCUCCGCGCGGUGAAGAUAAGUAUUCAUCUUGCCCGCCAUCUGCCAUUUCCCUUGCAAAUCUCUCGUCGGCACUGUGAUAGUCGGCUUUUGUCGUGGCUCAGUGUCAAUUUCUGACAUUCCUUUCACGUGGGCAGCAUCAUGUCCGCACAACCUCUCACAGAUGGCACUGCGACGCCCAAUCUGGCUCUGACCGAGUACUCCGCGGUGCCCACUCCUGACUCAGACAAAAAAACUCAGAAGCAAUUGGGAACACCGAAUUGGGGGAUCCCCGAGGCUUAUUUACUUCCCAAUGGCUAUCCCGAUUACCUCCGGUUGAUUCUGACAUCCCGCGUUUACGAAGUCAUUAACGAGACUCCCCUUACUCACGCUGUCAACCUUAGCAACCGCUUGGAAUGUCGUGUACUUCUGAAAAGGGAAGAUUUACUUCCCGUCUUCAGCUUCAAGCUCCGCGGCGCGUACAACAAGAUGGCACAUCUGAGUCAUGAGCAAGCGUGGAAAGGCGUUAUUGCAUGCUCUGCAGGGAACCAUGCGCAGGGUGUUGCGUUUUCUGCGCGCCACUUGAAGAUCCCAGCAACGAUUGUCAUGCCUUCAGGAACCCCAGCCAUCAAGCACUUGAACGUCGCUCGCCUCGGCGGCAGCGUGAUCCUCCAUGGAGACGACUUCGAUUCCGCCAAGGCUGAAGCGCACCGCUUAGAGAAGCAGCACGGAUUAACGAGCAUCCCUCCCUUCGAUGACCCUUACGUCAUCGCGGGUCAGGGAACCAUCGGAAUGGAAAUCCUUCGCCAGGCAAACCUACAGAAGCUGGAAGCGGUCUUCUGUGCUGUCGGAGGUGGGGGGUUGAUUGCUGGUAUUGGAGUAUACCUUAAGCGCAUUGCGCCCCAUGUGAAGAUCGUUGGAGUGGAGGCUUAUGACGCGAAUGCUAUGGCUCAGUCCUUGGGUACUGGCUCCCGUGUACUGCUACAGGACGUUGGACUAUUCGCCGACGGUGCAGCUGUCAAGACUGUCGGAGAAGAAAACUACCGACUGGCUUGUGAAGUGAUUGAUGAUGUCAUUCAGGUUUCUACUGACGAAACGUGCGCUGCGAUCAAGGAUGCAUUUGAGGACACCCGAUCUAUCGUUGAACCCGCAGGUGCCUUGGCUUUGGCAGGGCUGAAGAAAUAUGUCUCGUUGUAUCCCGACCCUAACCCUAACCGGGAACUGGUAGCGGUCACCUCUGGUGCGAACAUGGACUUCGAUAGACUGCGAUUUGUGGCUGAGCGCGCUGCACUUGGAGAACGGAAGGAGGCUCUCUUGAGUGUGAACAUUCCUGAAAAGCCCGGCGCCUUUGCUAAACUUGUUGAGGUCAUUCUUCCUCAUGCUGUCACCGCAUUUAGCUACCGAUACGCCCGGGAUGAAUCGGCUGAUGUCUUUAUGGGUAUUUCCUUGUCUGCCUCUACUGGUCGCGAAGAUCUAGCCAAGAUCAUGACCGAACUGGACAGGGGUGGCAUGAGGGCGAAGGAUUUGAGCGACGACGAGCUAGCUAAGAGGCACGUUCGUUUCCUGGUUGGCGGACGCUGUGACGUUCAGGAUGAGCGCCUGUUCAUGUUCGAGUUCCCGGAGCGUCCUGGUGCUCUAGCCAAGUUCCUGACCACUCUACGUCCCAACCAGAACAUCUCAUUGUUCCACUACCGCAACUACGGUGGUGACGUUGGAAAGGUGCUUGCUGGUAUCCAAUGCCCACCGUCCGAGAAGGACGACCUAGAGGCCUUUUUGAAGGAUCUAGGCUAUCCUUUCAGCGAGCACACCGACUCGUCCACUUACCAAACAUUCCUCCGUUCCUAAGAAGAUAUCUGUACGGGUUGUGUGUUGCAAAGCCAAUUUCAAUCGAGAUUUUAGUAUGGCGUUCGGAUGGAGUAAAAGUCGAUAGACCUUAGGCUGAUAUAGAUCGGCUGUACAUAAGUUAAUGCAAGAUUUCUUCCCUUUUA